AUGUCUCUAGAUCAAUCUGAACUACUGAAAAAGAGAGACGUCCAAAUUUCAAAAGCUCUAUCCUAUCUGUUGAGACAUGGUGCCCAAAAGGAAAAACUAUCAAUCAACAGUAAUGGAUACAUCCUAGUGAAAGAUAUCCUCUCGCAUAAUAGACUGAAAACCCAUAAAUGUACUUUAGAGGACCUUCACAGAAUUGUCGAGAACAACGAUAAAAAAAGAUUCCAUCUCAAGAUAGUAGACGACCAAGAACAUAUAUGUGCAACUCAAGGACACUCUUUAAAGACUGUAAAACCAAGUGAUGAGGUCUUGGAACCAGUACUCUCUUUGGAUCAAUUACCAAAAAGGCUGGUUCACGGUACAAACCUUCAAAAUGCAAUUUUGAUAUUCAAAUCAGGACAGAUCAAAAAAAUGAAUAGAAAUCAUGUCCAUUUAUCUCCUGGUGUCAUAGGAGAAGAUUCAGAAGUGGUAAGUGGGAUGAGGUAUUCAAGUAACGUUCAUAUUUUUUUGAAGUUAAAUGAUUCCUUGUUGGAAAAUUUAAAAUUAUUUAAAUCGAUUAAUAGCGUCUAUCUAUCUGCUGUUGAUAUACCGACAGAUCUAGUUGAAAAAGUCAUUUUAAAGAAAUCUUUGAAAAUGAACUCUUAUCAAGAUGAAAUUGCAACUCUACAACUGUUAUUGGAUUCAAAAAAUAUCCCUUGUGAAAUCUUAUAG